AUGAAUUCCCGUAAACAUGUUCUCUUCUUCUUUCCUCGCCAAAAGGAAACAUCCCGCGUGCGCAGCAAAGGCGGUUUGCCCUCGUCUAUCCAAGACGAUACAUGUGCUACUGACCCAAACGGGAACGUCGUCACGAGCACAUUGCUACUACAGGAGGACGGCCAGCUAGCAGCCAAGCUGGACGACGUCGUCCACCUAAUUGACGGUCUUCUGAAGCCUGUUAGGACACCUAGAGCGCGUCUGGCGCAGACUCGCAGCGUCCUGGAGCUGGUGCACUUAGUACUAGACCCUAACAUUCUACAGGCCGUGGAACUGUCCAGUCAACGCCUCAAUGUCCGCAACAAACUCAAGCUGCUGCUUGUGAGACUUAAGGACACAAGCGAUGAGAUGUCUCGACUCUCGGGAAGCACGAACCAGAUGGGGAGUUGGGCUCUCAAGGAUGUCGUUGGUGGUGGAAGUGUUGCUGUCGGCCUUGCGCGUGCUGCUUAA